AUGCAACCGCCUCAUCGAACAGCAACUCAUCAUCACCCUCAUGCUGUCGCUUCAGUAGUGCAUCAUUCUUCAUCAUCAUCACUGCUUCAUAAUUCAGUAGCAAUUGCUGCCACCAAUAUCCGAACACCAGAGGACGAUUUGGACGAAACGGAUACAAUUUUGGAAGAAAUUUCUCGAGUACAACAUCAUAGAAAUGAGCCCGAAGUGUUAUUAGAUCAAGACGAUGGGAAUGGCAACAACCUUCAUCAUGAUGGAAAUAAGUCUUUGGAAAAUCGUUCAUUAUCAGCACGAUUAACGAGUUGGUUUUCCACCAACAAGAAAAAGUCAAAUCUCCGAGUUUCUUUCCCAUCCGAAGAAAAUACUUUAAGUUCGGAAAGCUCCUUCAGUUUGGCCACACACAAUAAUUAUGGAAGUGUUAUUCAUGUAGAUUCAAAACAUUUGAGUACAUCCAAGAAAUUAUUAUUGGACGUUAAGAAACCAUACAAGUUACAAAAAGCAGCCGUUAUUUCUAAUGCUUGCUUUACUGCUCUUUCUAUUUUAUUAAUUCUAGGAUGUUUCAUAUUACCUGCCAUUCCAUUCAAUCAAUUCAUUGAUAUUAGUACAACGUAUUAUGUUACUUCAUUUAUCAUUGUUUUUGUUCCUGUUUGUGUAGUCUUGUUCAUUACUACAAUUAUAGGAAUGCUUGCGUUCAAGCCAACGAAAGAGUAUAUCAAGAGUUUACAUGUGGGAUAUAUUGGUUCUUUGCUGUUUUUAAUAUUUAUGGAUUGUAUUUCUAUUGCAAUCAUGUUCAUUUCAACGGAUCCGAAUUAUCAUUACAGCAGCUAUCUGAGCUUGUCAAUAUCUGCUGUAGUUCUAAAUUGCAUCAUUGUUAUUUGGUCACUCGUCAUGAUAGGUGUCACGAUUUUGAGAAUGAAGAGAGAAUCCUUUGAAUAUCAGUAUGGCCAUACUCGUCAGUGA